GUACGGCCAACGCGAUGGUGGGGGUGAUCAACCGGUUGAAGUCCGCGUUGGUUCGAGCCCGAUCUGCACUUUCUUGCAGGAGCCCCCACUCUACUCGGACGGGUGCUGGACGAGCCGGGGCCGACGACGCGGGUCCCUCGGGCGGGGGACACGGUCGUGAGAGAGAGAGGGCACGACACUCGCCCCUACGGCAUCGCCGUUCCGACGCGGGGGUGAGUUCUUCCGGGGAGAGGUCCGAGCCGGAGCGUAGGCGACGUUCCGUGUCGGUGGCCCGAGAGCCUAGCCCCGAGUUGCAGUCACAACCUCAUUUUUGGGGUGAUUCUGGCUGGGGGCCCUCAUACCACGGGGAGUGGAGUGGAUGGACCGGCGAGGCUUGGAGACAUGGAGCCGAUGACGAGUCUUAGGCUUACCUCCUGUUUUGUACA